AUGACUGGAGAGUUUGGCCCGAGGACAACCGAAUUAUCAGAAUCAGUAGUGUUUCGAGAUGCUAUUGUUGACAAUCGAUGGUGGCUGUAUUCGUCACGGUCUAGGAAUGUGAUUAUUGGUUUUCUCAAGGACAAUUUGCCUAAUCCUUCAGAGAUUGUUGCAUUAGAGAGUGACGGUUUCUUCUUAUGGAAAGUGGAAGAUAACGCUCCGGCUAACAAUUAUUCUUCAUCGCUCAUGUGCAAUCACCUCUAUAAUCAAUUAACUGAAGUAUCAUGGCAUAAAUCAGUGUGGUUCAAGGGUAGGAUUCCUAAACAUGCCUUCAUAACAUGGCUGGUAGCUCAUGACAGAUUACCAACUCGAGAUAGGAUGAGGUGCUCGGGUAUAGACGUCUCUCCGGCAUGUCUCCUCUACGGCACAUUGGACGAAAAUCGUCAACAUAUUUUCUUCGAUUGUGCUUUUAGCAGGGAGGUUUGGUCUUUGUUUUGCUCUAAACUCCAUCUCACACCACCCUCGAUCUUUCCUAAUGGUUUAUGA